CGCCAUGGCCGCGUUCGGCGACUGGGUCGCGGCACUGCCCCAGCAGGUCCGCGACCACCUCACCGCGCAGGGGCUGGACAACGCCGCGCUGGUCGUGGACAGCGUCUCGCCGCAGUUCCUCAAGGACGAGAACGGCGCCACCGUCACCAAGACCGUAGACGUCGCGUUCCUGGAGUCCAUCGCGGCCGCCUGCGAAACCGUCAAGCCCGGCUCCGGGGCUUAUGCCAAGGUCCGCCAGUUCUACGAGAAGUGCUACAAGCACUGCGAGAAGGACGCCGCCGCGGCCAGCGCUCCCGAGGCCACGCCGAUUGAGGCGCGCGACCCGACCGGGGAGGAGUACUACGACCUCAGCCCGGAGCACCGCAAGCAGCGACUCCAGGCGCUCAACACGGCGCGGCGCUGCGAAGUGGACCCCGCCCGCCUCCCGCCCCUGCGGAUGUGGGGCCGGUGGGAACGCCUCCGCCGGAACAACCAGGAGUUCGAAGCCGUCGCGGCCACCAAGGUCCAGUCCGACGCAGCGGCCCGCGCCCGGCCCGCCGCGGCCGAGCUCAAACCCGGCGUCGGCGGCGUCCUCGCCUGGCGCAUGCCCGCAAUCUCCGAGGCGCCGGCUGGCGGCCUCGUCGAGCUCGAGGAGGCUGGCUACCUCAUCGAGAACUUGCUCUUCCUCUGCGGCUGGGUCAAAGACAUCGAUUAUCUGGUGACCUUCCACGAGCGGUUCUGGAGCCGCGUCCGACGCUCCAAGCAGCCAAUGCUCGGCUACCGCCCGACGGCGCUCACGGAGGUGCAGCGCGCGCUCUGCCUCUUCCAGUGCCAGUGGGCGAAAGCAAGCCGGAACGCCGACAAGCUGGACGCCACCGUCUUCAGCUCCCUCCCAGCAGACGCCGACGAGCUGGACGGCCGGCUCGCGCUUGCGCCGCGCCAAGCCGGCCACUCCGCCCCCGGCUCAGCCAACGCCGCGGGCGCUCGCCUCGACGGCGCUGGCGAAAGCCUCCCGAAGCGCCCCCGCCUCACCCGCGGCGAGCGCCGCGAGCGGGCGGCCGCCGCAGCCGGCUACCAGAGCGCCCCGGCCCAGCCCCCCAAGGGCAAAGGCAAGGGCAAGGGCAGGGGCAAGCCCGCGCCACCCGCAGAGCCCGCCCGGCGCACCUCCAAGGGCGACCUGUGCUGGCACUUCAGCAACGGCGCGGCAGCGGAGUUCCAGGCCGCCGACGCGCAGAGCGGUCCCCUGCCUAGCCUGGACUGGGCGCCCGCGCGGGCUUCGGGCGCCCCUGACACCACGCCGCCGCUUAGCCUCGACUGGGCGCCCACGCGGGCUUCGGGCGCCCCUAAUACCUCGCCACCACGGCGCCGGAACAAACGCCCGCCGUGCCUCUCGCACUCCCCGCGCUCACAGCCGGACCGCAGCCGGCAGCGCAGCCAGCUCAACCCGCGCGAUGGGCCCCCCGCCGCCCGCGCCCCGCCGCAAGCGUGCCCCGCCGAGUGCGGCGCCACCAUGGUCGAACACGCCGCCAGGCUCCGCGAUCCGGCGACCGAGCAGGAGUUCGAGAGCGUCGACCAUGCCCAGCAGCCACCCUAUGCCCCGCCGCCCUGCAUCGCGCGGCGCCCGGGGCUUGCGCACCCGGACACCAUCCCCUGGUACGGGGACGCCGCAGGGGCACCGCCCCGGCACCUCGGCGUUUCCCGCCGGUGCGACAAACCCGCAACGCAGCUGCAGCGCACCAUCACGCCGAUCCAGCACAUCGACCAGGCGUGGGACCAUGCGAACAGCCAACCAUCGGCCGCGUGGGCGGAGCCCCCUGCCGCACCCCUGGCGGCCCCCAUCCGCAGCGCGCUGCUCUGGGCGCGCGACUGCCCCGACUACGAGCAGUGGGUCAUCGGGCAGGACACCGAUGUCAUUGCCGACAUAAUGUCGGGAUUUCGGAUGGGGGGCGUCCUGCCCGACACGCAGCUGUUCGCGAACAUGGGCGGCGCCGACCUGCCGGACGCAGCUGCGCUGGACCGCGCGCUCGAGAACGCGCUCGAUUCCAAGGGCGCCAUGCUGCUGGAUAUGCUCCAGAACUCCAAGCGCGAGCCGGACAUGGCUGAAGUGCUCCGAGUCACCCAGGAGAACUGCGCAGCGGGCAAGCUGGACGGACCGUGGAGCCUGUGGCUCGACGCCGAUGGGCGAGUAAUCUCCACUGUCCCCUUCGCCCGGUGGCUACCGACGCGCCGCUUCCCCCGCGUCCAGGGCCGCGCCGCCACCUCCUACAAGGUUCGCCCCAUCGACGAUGCGACAGCGAGCGGCCUCAACCUGGCUGUCGCCACCCAGGGGCGCAUGCGCCUGGCCGGCCUGGCCUCGCUCCUCGACGCCGUAUCCUUCAUCGCCGACACGUUCCGCGACUGGGACGCCGACGGCGUGCCGCUCAUCGCCAAGGGGGACCACGCCCAAGCAUGCCGCCAAUGGCCAGUGCACCCCGACGACGUGCCCCUGCUGGCAUGCCUCGUCUGGGACGACAGCGUCGGCCAUGCCGGAGGCUACCGGGCCUGCGCGCGCAAAGCCCUGCCGUUCGGCGCCUUCGGGGCCGUGUGGGGGUACGCGCGAGUCGCCGCCAGCGUGGGCCACCCCCUCCGACGCAUCUUCAGCGUGCCGCAGAACGCGUACGUGGACGACUUCCACCGCGCCUCACCCGCCAAAUGGGCCGCCCUCCACGAAUGGGUCUUCCAGGAGCUGCACGCCAUGCUCGGGAUCCCGCUAAAGGAGGGGAAGAACCAGGGCCCAGCAGCCGUGCUGGACCUGCUAGGCCUGGACGUCCUCUCCACGCCACGCUGGGCGGGCUUGCGCCUCACCGCCAAGCGCCGCGCCGCGCUGUCCGACGAUGUGGACGCCGCCCUGCGAGCACAACGCCUCGGCAAGCGCGACGCUGCCAGGCUGGGCGGCCAGCUUGGCUUCGCCACCUCGGCGAUGUUCGGCCGCGUUGGCCGCGCUUGCGCCUCUCCCGUAUCCUCGCACGCCGGAGGCUGGUCUCGCCGCCUCGCUCACGCGCGGUCCUGGUGGAAAGCACUACUGCGGUGCCCGCUGUACCACAAGCGCGACCACGGCACGGGCCGCCCCGUCGUCAUCGGGUGGGUCGACGGGUCCUGGGACAUGGAAGCCGGAACAGGCGCCAUCGGGGGCAUGCUGCUGUCCCCAACGCGCGGCGGCCACAGUUUCUCCGCGCGCGUCCCGCCGCACCUCUGCGCAGAGCUGCUCAAGGUCGGCAAGAAGCAGCGGAACGCCCAGUCCGAGCUGCUCGCCGUGCUCGUCCUGCUGCUGACGCGCCCCGAGGCAGUGCGCGGCGCCCGGCUGGUCCUGUUCGAAGACAACACUCCCGCCCUGGGGAACAUCCGCCGCGGCGCAGCAGGCGACGACGACAGCGUGGCCAUCGUCGGCGCCAUCUGGCUCCUGCUCGGCGUCCUCGGCACUGAACUUUGGAUCGAGUGGGUCGCGUCGGAGAGCAAUCCCGCGGACUCUUUCUCUAGGCCCGACGAGCCCGCCAAGCGGGCCGAGGCCGCGGCUCUCGCGCAGCGCUACCGCCUCCGGGCGGCCGAGCCCCGGUUCCCAGCGACUUUCCACAUGGACGCCGGUGCCUGGGCAACGGCAGUCUCCGCCGCUCAGGAGGACUGGGCGCGCAGCGACCGCAGCCGCCGCGCGCGCGCCGCGCUCCGCCUGAUGGCAGUAGACGCGGGCACCCUUGCCGCGCUGCUCGCCGCCAUCUCCUUCGACGCGGACGACAAGCAGAUCACCCUGGGCUGGAUCCGCGCCAGGCGGGCCGGCGCUGUGGCCGCGGCCACGCACUUCCACGCGGACUUGCUGCGGCUGCUCUGCCUCGCCGCGCGGCCGCAUGCCAGCGGCCAGGGCGCCGCGACCGUCGUCCUGCGCAUGGCGGCGUGGCCCCGCGCGCCGACCGGGACCGUCAGAUGCACUGCCGCAGCCGUCAUCAAGGGCGCCGGUAGCACCUGCGCAGCCGCCGCGCGGUGGUGGCCGUGCGCGCCCGCGCCAGACACCGCGUGCUUCGCGGAGAACGACGUCGCCAUCGGGUUCUACGUGGUGGGCAUCGCUGGCGCCAAGGAGCGGCGCCAGGCCGCCCCGCUGCGCAAGCUGGGGCUACAAGCUGCGGGCGCCG